CCGGGCCUGCGCAGCGGUCUGCGGCCACGUGUGUCCGGGACCCCUAGAGCCGCCGCAAUGAAGCCGAGAAAAAAUAAAAAACGAGUUCCAAGCUUUCGCAAGUUGCUGAAAACUAGUAAAGUAAAACUUGACAACAAGUUAAAGAAUAAACAGUUUAAGCAGCAGAGCAUUGCUAAGAAAUAUCGAAAAGAGCAAAGAAAACUUAGGCAAGCUGUCAAAGAUGUUACAUCCAGAACAUCUGUUCCAUUGGAGGAAUACAAGAAAAAACAUGCAGCUGAAAGAAAGGAGGAAGAAGAGGAAGCUCUUCCACUGGAUAUGAUGGAUGAAGAUGACCUGAAAUUAAUGGAAGAUUUAGCUCAAAAAGCAUCAUUUGUAACAAGAGACCUUUCUUCCAGUGAACCUGUUCAUGCUAAGAAACGAAAACAGGAAAGCGUGAUUGACAGAUAUGAGAAAAUGCCAAGGCGCAUGCAGACUGAGCCAGAAAAAGAACUUAUUCACCUGCUUCCUAUCAAAGAUAAAAGUGGCAUUAUUCCACAAACAAUGGAAAAGCCAGUCAUCAAUGUUGCACAGAAUGAAGAGGAGGAAGAUACAGAAGAAAUGGAGGUGGUAGAAGAAUCUAGUGAAGAACCCCAGCCUGUGCUCACUACGGAUGAACUGCUAAUUCAAAGGAGAAGGAAGCUGCAGGAGAAGAAGAUACACAUUGCAGCCUUAGCAGCUGCCAUUCUGUCUGACCCAGAAAACAGCAUAAAGAAGCUGAAAGAGUUGCGUGCCAUGCUAAUGGAACAAGACCCCAAUGUGGCUGUGAUUGUUCGGAAGCUGGUGAUGGUUUCUCUGAUGGAAAUAUUCAAAGAUAUUACUCCUUCUUACAAAAUUCGGCCUCUGACUGAAGCAGAAAAACAUACCAAGGUUAGAAAAGAAACUCAGAAACUAAGGGAGUUUGAAGAAGGCCUUGUGAGCCAGUACAAGUUUUACUUGGAAAAUCUGGAACAAACAGUUAAAGACUGGAAGCAGAGGAAGCUGAAGAAAAGUAACGUGAUCUCAUUAAAAGCAUAUAAAGGUCUGGCAGAGAUUGCAGUCAAGUGUCUGUGUGAGCUUCUUGUGGUGCUGCCUCACUUCAAUUUCCACAAUAACAUCAUUGUCCUGAUUGUACCUCUCAUGAAUGACACAUCAAAAUUGAUUUCUGAAAUGUGUUGUGAAGCUGUAAAGAAGCUCUUUAAACAAGACAAACUGGGCUCUGUUUCUCUGGGUGUCGUUAAGGUGAUUUCUGGCCUUGUAAAGAGCAGAAAUUAUGAUGUUAGACCUGAGGUGCUAAAGAUAUUCCUUCAUCUAAGAAUUAAAGAAGUAGAAGUAAAAAAAGAUACAGAAGACAUUACUGCAAAGAAAAAGUUCAUGUCUUGUAAGGAGAAAAGGAAAAAUCUUUCAAGGAUGCAAAGAAAGUGGAAGAAAGCAGAAGAGAAGCUGGAACGAGAACUCCUGGAAGCAGAAGCCUCAGAGAGUAAAGAAAAAAAACUGAAACUGCACACAGAGACUCUGAAUAUUGUAUUUUUAACUUACUUCAGAAUACUGAAGAAAGUACAGAAAUCCCCUCUUUUGCCUGCGGUACUGGAAGGUCUUGCAAAGUUUGCCCAUCUCAUAAAUGUAGAAUUUUUUGAUGACCUGUUGGUUGUUCUACAUUCUCUCAUUGCAUCUGGGGAUCUAAGCUAUCGGGAGAGCCUUCAUUGCGUUCUCACUGCUUUUCAUAUUCUGUCUGGCCAAGGUGAUGUUCUUAACAUUGACCCUUCGAAGUUCUACAGUCACCUUUACAGGACACUAUUUAGGCUACAUGCAGGUGCUACGAAUGAUGACAUGGUGAUAGUGCUUCAGUGCCUGAAUGUAAUGCUUACCAAACGUAGGAAACAGGUUUCCCAGCAACGAGCCCUUGCUUUCAUAAAGCGACUUUCCACACUUGCUCUCCAUGUCCUUCCAAAUUCCAGUGUUGGGAUCUUGGCAACCAACAGAAUAUUGAUGCAAACAUUCCCAAAAACAGACCUCCUGCUAGACAAUGAGGCUCAAGGUAGUGGACUUUAUCUCCCAGAACUGGAUGAGCCAGAGUGUUGCAAUGCUCAGAACACAGCUCUGUGGGAAUUACAUGCACUACGGAGACACUAUCAUCCAACAGUGCAGAAAUUUGCAGAUCACCUUAUUGCUGGAGCUCCAGCUGAAGGUUCAGAAGCUCUCAGACUGGAUCUGAGCCGAAGGUCUGGCACAGAACUUUUUGAGACAUAUAAUAUGAAAGGAAUGACUUUUAAUCCUCCUGUAGCAUCUGUUACACCUAGAAAAAAGGAUAAAUUUUUACAAGGGGAUUCAUUUCUAAAUGAAGAUUUAAAGGAAUUGAUUCAGACACAUCUCAAUGAGGCUGCUGUUCACAGACCCUUGGAUUUUGCUAAACACUUAAAGGAAUCAUCCCUAUCAUAA